AUGGGUGUGUAUCUGCUUAUCAUAGCUGGAAAUGACCUCCAUUACCGUGACAAUUACGUCAUGUUCGAGUCAGAAUGGCGACACAGCAAACUUUGCUCAGUUGCUGGUUUCCUAGCAACAUGGUCUAGUGAAACGUCAGCAAUGUUUGUGCUUCUCAUCACAAUAGAAAGGUAUUUGGCCGUAAGGUUUCCAUUUGGGACAUAUAGGAUACCACGUAACCUGAAAUAUUUCUUACUUAUUUUAUCCUGGACAGAAGGUUUGGUCCUGUCUCUAGUGCCUCUAGUCUACCAAGACUGGGGCAUCUAUUCUUCUAAUGGAAUGUGUCUUGGUUUACCGAUGUCAAACCACCCAGAAAAAGGACUAACGUACUCAUUUGGCGCUUUCUUAGUUCUUCCUGGUAUUUUAUUGGUUCUUAUGACCAUUGGUCAGCUUGCCAUAUUUUGUAACAUUUCCGAAGAUAAAAUGAACACCCACAGUGCCAUUAAACGAAAACGUGAGAUCACGGUUGCCAAAAAUUUAUCUUUGGUCGUCAUGUCAAACCUACUUUGCUGGCUUCCCCUGUUCGUGUUUGGAUUAAUGGCCACCAACGGUUACGAUCUAAGCCAUGAACUUUAUAGCUGGCUGGUAGUAUUUGUAUUGCCACUAAAUUCGGCCAUUAAUCCUGUUCUCUACACACUUCCUGUUGUCCACAAGCGGUGGGAGAAGUUUAAGAAUGGACAAGCAGUAAAAGGUGCACGUUCUUCUAUACCAUAA